AUGACCGAACCACCUUCUUCCCCACCGGGUGGAGAUGCGAGCGCAGAGGAGACGCUGUCGUGGUACAAGGUGCAGUAUGAGCAGCUGGAGCACGAGCUGAUCGAGUUCCGCGAAUCGAGCCGCGAGCUGGAAGCGGAGCUGGAAAAGGACCUGGAUGCGGCGGAUAAGCGAGAGCGCACGUUGCGCGAGAAAGCGGAAGCGCUGGGCUACGAAGUGGACGAGUGGAAGAGGAAGUACAAGGAGUCCAAGACGGAGGCGAACGCAGCACAGAACCAGCUAGAGAAGGAGAUCACGACGCUGCGAGACGCCAACCGAACGCUGCAGCUGCGACUGCGCGACAUCGAGGUGGCCAACGACGACUUUGAGCGGCAGGCACGCAACACGACGUCGUCGCUGGAGGACCUGGAGUCCAAGUACAAUGUGGCGAUUGAGCGCGGCGUGCUACUGGAGGAGGAGAUCAAGAUGGGCGAGCUGGAGCGCGAAAUGUUGCGGGUGGAUGCGCAGAGGCUGCGCGAAGAGCUGUCGGAGCUCAAGAUCGAGGCAGACAUCCUGCAGGACAAGCUGAAGAAGCAGCACGGGACGCGCCAGCACCACCUAUCGACGCUCUCGUCCGAGGACCUGUCGGUGUCGGCGUCGCCGACGUUUGACCAGUCACCCAACUCGACUGCGAGCUCGCCACUGAUCACAACACCUCUCGACAGCAAGGGGCUCGAGGCCAUAGCCGACGGCGGUACCACGCUGGCCGAGCUACAAGAGCCGCCGUCUCCGCCCAUGUCGGACGCAUCAGCGCCGCGACGCAAACGCACUCAGACACUGGGCACGGCCCGGACCCCCGUCUUGGUCACCCGUCGGUCCCGGCUGCCCUCGGCCGAUCUACACCUGACGACACCGCGGCCCAAGACGGCCAUGGCCUACUCGUCACCGUCGUCGUCGUCGGCGUCGCGCCAGUUCGGCAGUCGCUUCACGCCUGGCUCCUCGUCCUCCUUUGCCGCAGCCAUGGGCAAGACCACCCCCUCCACCAUUACCACCAACACCACCACACGCACACCCGGCCCGCGAUCCAGCAGCUCGGCUGCCGUGCCCUACAAGCCGACCAGAGCGGCCAAGCCACCGCCCUCGACGACGACAACGCGCGCCACUGCGCACCGGCUGCCGUCGUCCAACUCGCUCUCGCACAUCCGGUCGCUGACGGCGCAGAUGCAGCGCCUCGAGGCCCGCGUGCACUCGGUGCGGUCCAAGCUGCCGGCUCCCGUGACCACACCGCCACGGGCAUCGCCGCGAACGUCUGCGCUGGACAGCGGCCUCCCCACAGCCUUGGCCCCGUCGUCGGCCGCGGUGCGGUCGCGCAAGCGCACCGUCGGGUCGGCCUCCUCGUCUGUCACCGGCAGUGCUGUCGGCGAUGACCAUCUUUACUAUUCCACUCCCACAGGGUCAGUCUCCGGUUCCGUCACCGGCACCACGCGGACUACUGCCAGCAACUCUGUCUCGGGAUCCCGCAUGUCGACCACGGGCGUCGGCCGGCUGUCGUUUGGACCGCUGCCCGGUCGCGACACCGACUCGCGACCCAGCUCGCGCACCAGCUUUUCGUCUUACGCCCGACCGGCCAGCCGUAAUGACGGCCGCGAAAUGCCCCCCCCUCGACCGAUGUCGCGCACGUCGCUCUCCAGCGCCCGCACGCCCAUGCGACCACGCACGUCGCUCGGUGGCAGCAUCAGCAUGCACGGCCACUCGAUGAGCAUCGGCCUGCCCGAGGACGAGGUCGACACGAACGAGUAUCGCACGCCUGUGCGCCGCGGCACCUACUCUCGCUACGACCUCGACCAUGGGCUCGACGCCCACCUGUCCACGCCCACCAGCGGCAUUCCACUUCCAGGCAGCCGGCGGCAGAGCGGCGGACCCAACAGCGGACUGCCAAUGCCGUCGGGCCGGCGGACCAGUAUGAGCACAAAGUGA